GCAACCAAAAAUAACAGUGGUAUUUGUUUUUUUUCUAUUUUUUUAUGAAUUUAAAAUUUUUUUUUAUCAAGUUUCAAGGAAGGAAUUUUUUCACAAAUAAAAGUAUGGUUACCAAUUUAGACUAUUCAGAAGAUUUAAGUGAGCAUGAGAAUUUAAGUAAACAAGAUGAAGAUACAUGUAUUAAUAAAAAAUUAAAUAGGACAAAUGAAAACGCAAUGGAGAUAAAGGAGGAACUCAAAUGUUAUGUACAGGAAGAUUAUGAUUUUAAUUCUUAUGCAACAAGCAAAGAUUCUUCUGGUAGUGACAUUAUAAUUCAACCAAAAAUAUUAGGGAAGUUUAAAGGUAGACAAUUUAAAAGAAUACUUACCAAUUUUAUAGACGAUACAGACGAUUUAAGCGAGCAUAAGGAUUUAAGUCAAAAAGAUGAAGAUACAUGUAUUAAUACAAAAUUAAAUAUCAAAGUAGACAACCCAGAAAUAAUAAAUACAACAAAUGAAAACGCAGUGGAAAUUCGGAAAAAGGAGGAACUCAAAUGUUACAUAACGAAUCACCAACAUAAAAUAGAAAUAAGUCGCCGAAACAGGAGAAUAUGGGACAAAAAAGAUCGAUGCAUUUACUGCAAUGUUGACGUAACUAAUUUUUCAAGACAUCUCUUUAGAAAGCAUAAGGAUAAAGAUGAUAUUAAAGCAAUAUUAAAAAUUCCAAAAGGUGGUUUGGAAAGAAAACAACGACUAAACUUGCUAAGGAAUCAAGGAAACUUGCUAGUCUACUCAGAAAAUGUUAUAAGACCAGUCCAGAGACCAACUCUUGGUGCAGCAGAUAAUAUUACAUUUAUACCAUGCAAGUAUUGCAAAGGCUUAUAUAAAAAACAGGCUCUUAACAGGCAUGCCAAAAAGUGUGUUUAUAAUACUGAAAAAAAUAAAUCCGGUGCAUAUAAAAGUGAAGGUCAAACCUUGUUGGCUUUUUCCGAAUCUAGAAAGCCAUUUUUAAAUAGACUUCGGCUGAAAACUGAAGUAUUUAGUAAAAUGCGCGCAGACAGAAUUUCUCUAAUGGGCAAAAGUGAUCCGAUUGUAUGUCAGUACGCGGAGGAUUAUCUAAAAAAACAUAAAAGGCCUCAUAUAGCAAACUUAGUAAGCAAUAAAAUUCGAGAACUGGGAAGACUUUUAUUACAGUUGCAGGAUCAUUAUAAUAUUCAUUCCAUCAUACAGGCACUAAGACCUGAACACUUUGACAAAGUUGUCUCAUGUGCUAGAAUACUAUCAGGAUAUAAUGAAAGUACAAAAACUUUUGAAGCUCCUUCGUUAGCUCUACAUUUUAGAACAAUACUAUUAGCUGUUUGUGACACAGCUUCAACCUUACUUUUAAAAAAAGAUGCAAUUUUGCCUGUAAGCAAUUAUGAUGAAUCAUUAAAAGAUUUAAAAAAAUUUCGUAGUUUAGUUCAAAACAAUUGGAAAUUCGAAAUGGGGAGUUUAGCUCUGAAAGAUCUCACAGAGAAGAAAUCACUAAAUCCACAAACAUUACCAGUCACAAAUGAUAUUAUAAUUUUUAAUCGUUAUUGUUAUGAAACAGCCAAAAAGGCAGCAAAUGACCUUACAAAUGAUAAUUUAAAUAUUAAAGCUUUUAAAAAGUUAACAGAAACUGUUUUAUCAUUGACUAUAUCAUUAAAUAGAAAAAGAAUUGGGGACGUUCAAUAUACUAAAAUCAAAUCGUACACUGACAUUCCGACUGAAAGACAAGACUUUGAUUCAUUAACAGAAACUGAAAAACAAAUAUCAAAGAAUUUUAAAAGAAUUGUUUCUAUUGGAAAAGGCAGUAAACCAGUUCCUAUUCUAUUUCCCCAGAAAAUUCAGGAGUUUAUUGAUUUACUGCUACUAGUUAGAAAAAAAACUAAUAAUGUUCCAAAGGAAAACCCUUAUCUAUUUGCACUAGUCGGAAGUUCUUCAAGAUGGAUUGAUGGUUAUAGUACUUUGCAAAGAUAUGCCCAUUUAUGUGGUGCGGAACAUCCAGAAACAAUAACUUCUUCCCGUUUAAGGAAACAAGUAGCGACUGUUCUGCAAAUUUUAAGUCUAAAUGAUGUAGAAAUGGAACAAGUAGCUACCUUUAUGGGACAUACUAAAAAGACUCAUGAAGAAUUUUAUAGAUUGCCUCAAGAAGUUUUUCAAACGUCAAAAAUAACAAAACUGCUUUCAACGCUUAUGAAAAAAGGAAUUGAUAAACAUGAUCAAGGAAAAACGAUAGGGGAAAUAGAUACGGAAUUAAAUAUCUGGGAAAAAAAUGAAAAUAAAAAAACUUCUAAUAAUAAUGAUCCAAGUACCUCUGCAAAUAAAAGUGACAUUAUUUCCGAAAAUUCUAGUUCUGAUAACGAUGAAAAAUUUGGAAAAAAACGUAAGGUUUCAAAAAAUAAUUUAGAAAGAAUGGAUAUAAAUAAAAAAACCCGAAAGGAAAGUGACAAUAUUAUCGAAAAUUCUGAUUCAUAUGACUCAUCACAUGAAAAAAUUGGAAAAAAACAUCAGGUUACAAAAAAGAUUUCUGGAAAAGAGGAAAAAAACACACGAGGAUCUUGGAAUAGACAACAAAAAUUAAUUAUGAGUAACUAUUUUAAAAAACACCUAAAAGAAAAAAAACCUCCAAAGAAGCAUGAAUGCCUUAGUUUAAAGGAGAAAUACUCCGACAUUUUUGAAAUGAAAAGUUGGGUGCAAAUUAAAGUUUUCAUUUAUAAUACCUUUAGAAAGUGAAUAAAUUUGUUAUUUUGUUCUCUAUGGCACGCCGUUUCACUUUUUAAUCGGAUAAGAAAUAUUAAGUUAAAUAUUAAUACUUUAAAAAUAAAUUGCAC